GCCAUCGUGGCAGCGACAGAGGCACGUAGGAAAAAAAUAUAUACAACAAACAGCAGCAACAGCAACAACAACAACAAAAACGACAACAACAAAUCCCUGGCAAAGCAUGCCAACCCAGCGCGACUUUGUUGCUGCGGUUUUCAGUUGCCAGCGCGAUUUUGAAUGAGUUGUACGCACCGCGUUGCUUGAAGGCGCCUAAAAUCGAAAAUCGAAAAUCGAAAACCGAAAACCGAGAACCGAAAAACUAAACCAUUUGAGCUUGAAACUCUUCAGAUCGAAGCUCAAGAGUAUCGUGCGCGCGUGCGUCCGUGCGUGUGAUCGUGUGCCUGUCUGCGUGAGUGUGCCAGCUACGCCCUGCCGCCCCUUAAAUAGCUGCCUGCACAAUUUAGUUAAAUUUUUUUUAUUAUUGUUUUUGUUAUUUUUUUAUUUCGUAUUGUUGCUGUUGCCGCCAAACGAAAUUUGUGUGCAGCAAGCGGCGAAUGCAGGCCAACAACAACGACAGCAACAGCAAAAGCAGCAACAACAACUGUGACAUUUGGAGUCGCCUUGCCCGCCCGCUUCAAAUAUUUGCGAACUGGGUAUCCCAGCAACUGGUCAGCGCCAGGUUCAAGUGUAACCAGUUACCAGUUUUCAGAAACACAACGACGACAACAACAACAAUAACAGAAACAACAACAGCAACAAAAGCCGCAGCCCAACAUCCACUUCAAACGUACAAUCUGCAUGCGGCCAACUAACUGUAAAAUGCGCUGUGCAACGGUCAGCGACAACUAGCACAACACCAACAGCAGCAACAACAACCUGUAGCGACAGCAGCAACACACACGCAAUCAGACAUACGAGACAAUUGCAUAAAAUUUGAAAUUAGAUAUUGGCGGCGCAUCAAAUUAUCAAAUGCAGUUGCUGUUGCCAGAACUAUGGCAGCAACAACAACAGCAAUUGGCAGCAUGCAGCAGCAGCACCAAAGGCCGUUGCGCGGCAUUUCAAUAAUAAUUGAAUCUGAGCAACCAGCUAAGCCGGUAGGCAUCAACAUUGAAAGCGACGAAAUGUCGCUUAAAUCACAGGCCAUGUUGUUGGCAUUUGGGGACAACAGCAACAGCAACAGCAACAGCAGCAGCAGCAGCAGCAAGAGCAAUAGCAAUAGCAACAGUAAUUUGCAGACGCUGCAGUUUGACCAUGCAAGCAAUGUGGAUUCAGAAACCAGUUACAACACAGUGGCAACAACAGCUGCAACAGCAACAGCAACAGCCACAGCAACGGCAACAAGCGAGCCUGCAACAAAGCUAUAUCCACAGCUGCUGUUGCGCAUUGGCCAAACGGAGAGCGAGGCCGAGGUUAAACUGGCGAACGAUGUUGCUGGAGCUGGUGAAAUGGCGCCAACAUCAACCAUUAUCAGCUGCAAUGUUGCCGAUGACGUUAGAAACGUGUUACGAGCGACAGCUGAGCAGCUGCAAUCUAGAGAAACUGCUGAGAGAGACGGUGAUGCUAGUCAGUUAACGUCAGUCGAUUGGCCAACGGGUGCAUCGACCGAAACAGUUGGUGUCUGUGCGCCACAGCACACGGUCAAGAUUCAGAUAGCCCACGACAACGACAACGACAACUCCAACGACAACGGUCAGUGUUUGAAUUCGAGUCAAAGCCAGCCAGCCAGGCUGGGCAAGCAGAUAAGCGUGGUCAAAUUGAACGAUAGUCAAAGCGAUAGCGAAAUGGUAUUACGGCUUAAGCAACAACAUGAGCAACACCAGCAACAAGAGCAACAGUUACAGUUGCAGUUGCAUUUACCGCUACAGCAGCAACAACAAAUACAAACGGAUGCACAAUCUGUCACAACGCCCUAUCAGCUAUGCUAUUUAGUAUCCAGCGGGCAAUAUUCACCCUGCGAGACCUUGGAUAGCGGCACAGGCAGCGAUCUGGAGAGCAUCAAAUCGCCCAGCAGUGACAGCAAUGCCAUCAGCAAUAUGAGCAUUGGCAACAGCAACAAGGGCAACAGCAACACAAGCGUGCCCAAGCUGGAGCUGCAUUUGAAGACAACUCGAAUCCGUGUGAAUACCUCGAACGGGCAGUCUGGUAAUCAUUCACGUGCCCACAGCCUGACGGACAGCAGCGAGGAGUGUGACGAGAGCAGCUCAUCGUUGAGCUGCGAUUCGUUGCACGAUUCGCAUGAGGCGCCGCCGCUGAUUAAAUUGGGCACUUUACUGCCCAGUUCGUUGCUGCGUGAUAUACGGGACAGGGAUGCUGUGCGGGUUAUAGACGAUAUAAAUCAGUCGAUAAUUGCGACCAAAAUUGAUGGACGACCUCUGCAAUACGAGGCCGAUCAGUACUACAAUUUCCACGUGAACGAACACGCAAAUUAUCGAAGUUUCGGACAGGAAAGCUGCAGUCGCAUAUUGCCGGAAUACGAAGCGCUAAGUCUACCUGGCGACGAUGAGCAACAGCAACAGCUGGGGCAGCUGGAACAAGAGGACGCCUUUGCUGGUUACAAGGACAUGCGCCGCUCCUCGCAGGCAUCCACCAUACGCUCCUCCAAGGGUACAGUCCGCGGCGUCAAGAAUCGUGUGCGCAAUGGAGUAGCCACCUUCUUACAGUUGCAGCAGCCGAAUAUCAAGAACUACAUGGAAAAGGAUCUGGGCAAAGUUGUGCUAUAUACGACGAGCAUGGGCAUCAUUAGGGAGACGUAUGCCAAGUGCGCCAAUGUCAAGCAGAUACUGCGUACACUGCUCGUCAAGUUUGAGGAACGCGAUGUGUUCAUGAGUAUUGAGUACCAGCAGGAGAUGCGGGAGCGCAUGCACCACGAGACGAUACGAGUGCCGCAGCUGUUCGUCGAGGGUCAGCACAUUGGUGAUGCCGACACAGUGGAGCGACUAAAUGAGAGCGGAGAGCUGCGUCAACUGCUGCGACCCUACAAGUCGUUAGCCACGGCUUAUACCUGCCAGACCUGCGGCGGCUAUCGACUGCUGCCCUGCCCCUCGUGCAGUGGCUCCAAGAAGUCGGUGCAUCGGAAUCACUUUACCGCCGAAUUCGUGGCCCUCAAGUGCAUGAACUGCGACGAGGUGGGCCUGGUCAAGUGUCCCAGUUGUUAAAGUCCUCCCAACUGGUCUGUCACUCGUG